CUGCGCGUCAGAAACCAACCUGAAGGAGCAGCAGAUCCGAUUGUUGGCACUGUGGGCUGUGGACUGACUCGGAGGAGGACUACUGAUAGAUAGAAAAGGUCAACUCCACCCAACCUCAGCGAGUAUGGCAACAGCGAGCACCUCAGGGCAGAGCACCUUCGGACUCGGGAGGAAAAAGAAGAACCCCGGUCUCAUGGAUCAGAUUACUAAGUUCUUUGGAGGAGACAAAAAGAAAAGGAGCAAGGGGUCGUUCCGAGGUCACCUGGCCUCAUCGCCCCAGCAAUCCUCCUCUCGCCGCCGGACCAAUGAAAACGCUGUGGUGCAUUUCUUCAGGAGCAUUGUUUCCUCUCCUCGUCCUAAAUCCAGGUGGAGAGACGUCUUGGGUUUGAGCGACUCGCUGCUUCUGGAUGACUUUGAAACUGCUCGGCUAUUUAUGAACCACAACCGGCCUCGUCGCCACGUGCCGAGAGCACAAAGUCGCCCGUCAGAAGACGCAGAGACCAAAGCACACUGUCCAGGAUCUUCAACCUGGGAGACACCAAGUCCCGUCCACCCACUAAACGCUGGAGCACCAUUUUCUGAGCUCUCCGCCGAGGACAAAACCACAGAUCCAACCCCGAUGGGACAAGACAAAGGAGGGGGACAAGUAGCGGCGGACUCACAACCUCAAGAAAUGUUAACUGACUAACACAAGGCCUCCUGUAUGUUUAGACACUGAGUAUUAAAUCCACUCUCCAGGGAUGUAGAUGGUCACUGUGCCUGUUUUUGUUUUAAUCUUAGAUAUCUUGUCGAGCUGUUUAUAAGAGGUUUGGUCGUGCUUUUAGUAUCUUACUGUAAAAAUCACCCGUUCGAGUAUCUUGGUCUGAUGGUGCUAGUGUCUGCUGUCUGCAGGUUUGUUCAUGGCAGAUGUUUUUCUAUUUGUCUCCCGUCGUUUUGUACUUGAGUGACGCUUUGUGUAUCUCGCUGCUUUCUAAGAAACUCACACGCCAAACAUGUUUUUCUUUCAUAUGUGAAAUCCAGAUGGAGAGCGGUGCUGUUUGUGGCUGAGUGAAACGUAUGUUGCAAAGCAUUUGAGAACACAACUGGAAACCUCCAGUAUCCUAGUAUGAACUCUAAUAUUAUUUUGAUGUAACAGUUUUUGUUUCAUUAUGCUUCAUUGUAAUUAAUUCCAAAAAUAAAAUAAAAUGCCCUUUUCAAAUGCACUGUUACAUAACUAUAAAUGUCCUAAAAACAACUGGUCUGCUCUUUUUUUCUACAUGGUAGCUUCUGCAUGCAUUUCAUUUAUUGUGAGGUAUUUGUUUGCAUCUUAAAUUUAGUUUGAUUUUUUAAUGUUAUCUGUGUUAAAUGUGAAAGAUGACAGAAAACAGUUUGAUUUAUCCGAUGGUCAGAUAGUAAGUGGUUCAAAGGUUUAUGGCGGAAGCAAUGAGAUUGUAUGAGGAGCACUGAAGGACAGUAUGUUGAUUUCAAAUGUUCUGAUGCAUAAUUUGGUUAUUGUUAUUUCAUUUUGUUCAUAAUAAAUUAUACUGCCACUCUCAUUUGUACAUGAUCUGUUUCACUGUAACUGAAAACUGUAAAGAUAUUAGUUUUUUUUGUUUGUUUGUUUUGUUUUUGUUUUCUUGCUGAUGUGGUGGUGCUACAAUGUUUUGUUUCCUCUUAAUGUAAAACUCAGUUUUUGAUGUUCAGCCUAACUAGAAAUAAACAUGUGUCCUUUCUCAGUUAUUAAA